AGGAAACCACUUUGGUCUCCUUGUUGAGAUUGGGCAUCCUUGAGUUUUUGGUCAUGGCCUCGUUAUGAGGAGCAUUUGGUUACAUUAAUCAGAGUCUCCUGAAAUAGUUCUGGAUCUGCAAUACCCUUUUCCGUGCGAGAUGUUGGGGUUUAUGGACUAUGUCCAGUACAUGUUUUUCAAGGCUUCCCGCUGGAAUCAAGACAAUAAUUAUGGAUCAUUGAAUGCUACAGCGCAAGCUCUGCUUGACUUCGAAACCCCGCGCGGCCUCCGACUCAAUGUUUCCUCAUUAUCAUCACCCAACUUUGCAACGUCGUAUAACUUGGGAAGCGUCGGACUGGUCGAUGGCUCGCUAUCUUAUCUUUACUCCUCAUUGCCAUUGAAAGAUUCGGCCAGGAGCCGAAACAUUGAUCUGCACGAUGUCAUUCAAGGAUACCGGCACCUCCAGGAACUCCAGAAGCCAGAAGAAGCCUGGUUAUGGGAAAUAUGGCACCGAGGCAGAAGAAUAGACCGCAGAGACACGCUUCUCUACGGUCGACUCUACCUCCCCGACUCCACCCUCGAGGCGCUUUAUCUCCGGCGUCUUUCUCCAACGCGGCAACUCAAGCUCUCCUGCGUGAGCGACUCUCGUCUCAAGAACGGCGGGACUAUUCUCGGUCUCCUGCAACACGAUGUUGGCAAAUACAACAUGGAAUACCUGUACAGCUCUGAUUCCGCACUUCUCGGUAUUCGAGGGUUAUACAAUUUCGGGCCUGACCCGCGCAAAGAACCUACCAUCUUCCCACCCGAGAUGCCAGACACGUUGAAACCUAGCGAGCAGCACACCUCGUCCGAGACUGUAUCCUCUUCCUCCUCUUCAUCCCCCUCCCCUUCCAGCCACGGUCCCUAUGGCCGCUUCAGUGCCGGCGCAGAAUUAUACUAUGGAAUCCUAAACAAAAGCGGUGGAAUAAGUACAGGCAUCCGUUUCACCACGUUACCCCGCCACACGGGAUUCCCAUAUACAAUGACACUAACGCUGAACCCGCUCAUGGGCAACCUGUCAUCGACAUAUGCCGUGAAAGCUGGCCCGUCACUGGCGUUAUGUUCGCGGUUCGGAUUCAAUUUCUAUUCAUACGAAUCCGAUCUCCAACUCGGCUGCGAGCUGUGGAGGCUACGCCAGCCUCGACAGCCCACGUCAAACUUGGACUGGGUCUACGCGAAGCUUGGAAAAGAGCACGAAGCUGAAAUGGUAUCUGAAGCAUUACGGCCGGGUACUAAACAGGCCAGACACAACGAUAACGGUAACGAUAACGACGAUGUGGCUGGCGUGCUGAAAGCCCGAGUCGAUCAGAAUUGCAACGUGGGCGUGCUUUGGGAAGGCAGAAUCAAAGACUUGUUAUUUAGCGCUGGCGUUAGUCUUGAUCUCCGCGCACGAAAUGGUCCCUUUAGAGCGAUUGGCGUGGAACUGCAGUAUUCGUCAUGAGCAGUGAGCAGAACACCGAGGGGGGUUGAUAUUUUGCCGGCUUGAGAUUUCCAUGGUCAGAGAGAGUCCUAUGUGUUUUGGGAAUUUUGUAUGAUAUCCACUCAUGUUGUUCUAGAAAACCUUUUUUGGGCGUUGUAUUACUGAUACACCAGCUACAAAUACGCAUUUUCAGAUGUCAUUGCUGCCAAAAGUAUCA